UACAUGUUCUAUGCUUUGGCGAUCGUUUGCGAUGAUUUUUUUGUCCCUUCAUUGGAAAAGAUUUGUGAACGUUUGCAUCUCAGCGAAGAUGUUGCAGGGGCAACGUUCAUGGCGGCCGGCAGCUCUGCUCCAGAACUCUUUACCUCUGUCAUAGGUGUGUUUAUCACAAAGGGAGAUGUUGGGGUCGGAACCAUUGUUGGCUCUGCUGUAUUUAACAUCCUCUGCAUAAUUGGGGUUUGCGGCCUGUUUGCCGGACAGGGUCCUUCUGCAGGGACGUACCAGCCUGGGGACAUGGGGACACCCAUGUACCUGGACGCACGCCUUUUGGCUCUGGGGAGAGCAGAAGCCGGCAUCCAGGGACGCGCGGGGGGCACUCUGCCCCUCCGCCUGGGCUCCCUGCAGCCAGGCCUCUCCACGAAUUCCCGAGUGACAUCUUCACAAACGAGCACCGGCGGCAUGGAGCAGUCCUCUUGCACGCUUUCUGUGUGA